AUGACUGUCAUCCUGGACGUCCUAGAUACCCACCAUCUGGUGCAAGGCAUCGCAGUCGCUCUGCUUCUAGUCUUUGUGUCUAGUUUUUAUGGAGACCUCGCCGACGGCAUUCCGUACCGCAAUAUCCCCUUGGUGGGGAGAAGCAGAUGGGAGAUUUCCAACAAGAAAGCGAAGCAACGCUUCGUCUCCUCGGCAAAGGAGCUGAUGGCGCAGGGAUUCAGUCAGGGAAGAACAGUCUUUCAGCUCAUGUUUGCCCAGUCUGCCACGAUUGUGCUGCACCCGAAAUACGUGAAUGAGAUCAAGAACAACCCGAGCCUCAACUUUGACGAGGCCAAUAAGAAGUCCUUUUUUGGCUCCAAGAUCCCGGGAUUUGAGCCUUUCGAUGGCAUAGACAAGGAAGGCAUCUUGCUGGAGGUGAUCAACAAGAAGCUCACCCACACGCUUGGGCAACUCACCAUCCCCCUGUCAAGGGAGACGGCCACCGUGUUGAGCGAGAAGCUCCCCAAGUCAGGUGAAUGGCAAUCAUUUACCUUUGCUCAGGAAAUUCCUCAUAUCGUAGCCCGACUGUCCUCUCUAGUCUUCCUGGGUCAGAAGAUCUGCCGCAACCAGGAGUGGCUGAACGUCUCAGUGAACUACACGAUCGACGCUUUCCUGGCGGCUCGUGAUCUCCGCCUGUGGCCAUCCGUCACCCGUCGCAUCGUGCACUGGUUCCUCCCCUCAGCGAAGCGUCUCCGUCACCACACCGUCGUCGCCACGGAGAUCAUCCAGGCCGAGAUCCAGAAGCGUGAGUUGAUCCGCACCGGCAAGCUACCCGAAGAGGAUCCCCCGCGGACGCAUGCCGAUGCGCUGGACUGGUUCGCCGAGGUUGCAGCCGGACGGCCCUUCAAUGUUAUCCGCAGCCAGAUUGGCCUCUCCCUCGCCGCGAUCCAUACCACGUCCAAUCUGCUCACGAACAUCAUGUACGACCUGACCGCGUACCCAGAGCACAUCCAGCCGCUGCGAGAUGAGAUCAAGGCGAUCGUGGAUGAGGACGGAAUGCUGAAGAAGACCAGUCUGACGAAGAUGAAGCGAAUGGACAGCGUGAUGAAGGAGACUCAGCGGCUGAACGGGGCUGGAAUUGCCUUCCUCAAUCGCAUCGCAAUGGACGAGGUGAUUCUCUCCGACGGCACGCGCAUCCCCAAGGGCGCUAGCAUCACCGUGUCGGCGCACCAUAUGCGGGACGAGUCGAUCUACCCGGACGCGCAGACAUACCGCGGGUUCCGGUUCUACGACAAGCGGCAGGAGGCGGGCAACGAGCACCGGUUCCAGUUCGUGACGACGAGCCCAGAGCACCUGGGCUUCGGGCAUGGGAUCCACGCGUGCCCCGGGAGGUUCUUCGCGGCCAACGAGGUGAAGAUCCUCCUCGCGCACCUGCUCCUCAAGUACGACUGGAAGUUUGCCGAGGACGUGGGCGCUGGCCGGCCGCCGAAUAUCAUGCACGGCGUGGAGAAUAUCUGCAACCCGACUAUCAAGCUGCUGUACAAGGCGCGUCAGCCAGAGGUUGACCUGGCUGCACUUGGGGAAGGAGCUGAAUAA